AUGAAGAGUGACGCUUGGCUUAGCAAGCCCUUCUUGACUUCUAUAUUCCUUGGAAUAGGAGGCUUUCUCUAUGGAUUUGACUCCGGCAUCAUCACGCCAAGCUUGGCGCUGGGCUCAUUCCUCACCUACUUCGGCAAACCAGAUCCUCCCCUUCGAGGCGCCAUUGUGUCUAUGUACCAAGCAGGAGCUUGGUUGGGCAGUGCGUCAGUCGGUAUCACCAGUGACAAACUCGGUCGUCGCAAAGCCAUUGCUUUCGGUUGCAUUUGGGGUGUCAUUGGCGGUGCGAUCAUGGCUGGCGCCGCUCAUGUUGCCAUGCUCAUCAUCGGUCGACUCCUCGUUGGUUUUGCCGUUGGUACCAUCACGGGAGUAUCUCCCGUGUUUGGAGCAGAAAUUGCAAAGACCCAUGAACGUGCGAAAGUCACGGCUGUGAAUCAGAUGAUGACAGCAUGGGGUUUCUUCGUUGCGUUGUGGAUUGGUGUUGCAGAGGGCAAAUGGCAUAAUGCGAAUCAAUGGCGCCUUGGGUUUGCGAUCCAGAGUAUUCCUGCUCUGAUCCUUGGCGUUGGGGUCUUGUUUCUCAGUGAAUCACCCCGUUGGCUUUGUCUCAAGGGCCGCCAUGAUGAAGCGGAGAAGGCUUUUAGAGCUUAUCACUACGAUGGAACCAAUGAUGAUUGGUGCCGAACUGAGUUCACCGUCAUUCAAGUCAACAUCUCUGAGGAGCUGCAAGCUCAAGGGCGCCUUUCUUGGGCAGAUCUAGUCAAGACUCCAGCGUUCAGAAAGCGCCUCUUUGUUGGUUCGUUCGUCUGGGCUGCUGCUAUGUUAUCUGGUAUUUCUUUCGUGCAGUACUACCAGACUGCUAUCUAUGCCACGCUUCAAUUCAGCGAGGAUCGUCAACUUCUCGUCAGUGGCCUCUAUGGCUCUGUCGCCCCAGUCGCUUGUCUCAUCUCUUUGUUCUUUGUCGAUAAGAUUGGAAGAAAGAAGAUUCUUGUUAUCAGCUCGUCGCUGUUGUCGCUGUGCUAUUUGAUCAUCACCAUUCUGGCAGCCCGUUUCCCUGCUGUUCCUGGCAUGCCGACCAAUGCUGCGGCACAGAGAGGUUUGAUUGCGUGCAUUUUUGCUGUGUCGGCGAAUUACUCUGCUCUUCUUGGACCAAUGACCUGGAUUAUUCCUCCCGAGGUUUUCACCACUGAGCUACGAGCAAAGGCAAAUGCCAUCGUGCAGGUUGUCCACUACUCUAUCAGUCUGAUCAUCACGCAAUGCUCGCCCAUCGCUUUGGCUGCCGUGGGCUGGAAGUACUAUAUCCUCUUCGUUCUCACCAACGCAAUGUGCGCUCUUAUCUUCUUCUUUGUAUAUCCUGAGACGCGCGGCAAAUCACUGGAAGAGAUCGAUGAGAUCUUUGGUGAUGUCAAGAUUGUCCAUGAAGAGGAUGUCCGGUUCUCAGAGAAGACUGGCGUCGAAGCAAUUGAGACACGGGAUCAGCGCAUUAUGCAGGGAUCUUAGAGGGGGUCCCGAAGGGAGCGAAAAAGCUUCUGAUAUCUAAUAAUGGUGCCAAAAAUACCUGGUCUAAAG